GUGUGGUACAUGCAAUGUGUGUGUGUGUGCCUGAACACACUUGUUCAGUGUGGGCUGUGCAGCUUUAAAGUGCUCGCUCCAUGAUGCCUUGCGGUGUCCCGUUCGCGCUCACUGUAUUCACUCGCGUAAGAGCAGAGCUGCUGCUGCUGCUGCUGCUGCUGAUGUAACGGGCCACACUGAACUUCAGCGAGCGGACCCUCCUAACCGGACUAUUGUACAUUAACGGACAUCAAACGAAGAGAGUCUUUACGAGGCAUUAAAAGGGAAAGCACAUCAUCUGUCUAAAUCUCGGUUCAGCUCCGGCGGAGCGAAGUAGUGGACCCGGACUGAGGAUUGUGGCGGUCCGGGACUGCAGACACACGCAGCAGUGAUAAGAGCAGCAUGCAGACCAGAGAACUUGUAACGGGUGCCUGCAGAGGUGAGGAAUGACAUCAUCCAGAUGAGAGGCAUGGAGCUGAAGGUAUGGGUGGAUGGAGUGCAGCGCAUUGUCUGCGGGGUCACAGAAGUCACCACAUGUCAAGAGGUUGUUAUCGCUUUGGCCCAAGCAAUAGGGCGGACUGGUCGCUACACACUGAUUGAAAAAUGGCGCGAGACAGAGAGACAUCUGGCGCCACAUGAGAAUCCUGUGGUUUCUCUGAAUAAGUGGGGUCAGUACGCUAGUGAUGUGCAGUUGGUGCUUCAACGUACAGGCCCAUCUCUGAGUGAGCGUCCCACCUCGGACACCUCUGCAAGAGCCCCUGAGCGCAGCUUAUACCGCCAAAGUCUCCCUCCCAUGGCAAAGCUCCGCCCCACAGCCAAUGACCGUUCCCUCAAACGACGUGAACCAAAACGCAAGUCUCUCACUUUCACCGGUGGUGCCAAGGGGUUACGUGAAAUCUUUGGGAAGAAUCGUGAGGGUGAGUCCAAGCAGAGAGCGGUAAACACCAACCGCAGCAGCACUCCGGCCCCUACACAGGAGCUGUCCCGCCUGGUGCAGUUGCAGAAGGACAAGUUGCGCAUCCUAGAGCAGAAACUGCAACGCUGCGAGACUGAGUUGCAGCAGCAAUUGACGGAGGAAGAAGAAGAGGAGCUGGUCCAACUAGAGCAGCAGGUCCGCAGGAAUGAGGCAGAGAUGAAGGAGCAUGAAUUCUGGGAGAAUGAGCUGAAGAUUGAGCAGGACAAUGAGAGGCAACUUCGUGAGCAGCUGCAGGAACUGCGCAGCCGUGUACAGGAGUGUGAGGAGCAGCUGGGAGAGUACCUGGCACGUAUUCAGUGCAUGGAAGCAGGGCUGGAAGCGGAGCGCCUGCAACAAGAGCUAAUGGAGACGCGGCUUGCAGAUGAAAUGGAGGUCCGUUCACGACUGGACAAGGCUCGUGCUGAGCUGGACCUGCAGGUGCAGCAGGCUGCAAGACUGGACAGCAGCUGCAGAGCUGUGGAGCUCUCACUUGGGCAGUCGAACAUUAGGCUACAGGAAAGAGAGCAGGAGCUGGAACAGUUAACUAAGGAGCUGAGGCAGGUAAACCUUCAACAGUUUAUUCAACAGACUGGCACCAAAGUAACAGUCCUACCAGCAGACCCUGGUGAGGAGGAAGCUAACAUAGAGUCCGAAAAUCAAUCUGGAUCUCUAAAGCGGCUUGGAUCAACUCGACAACUUCCCGCUGACCUACGAGCUCUGCAGAGCCCACUGAACACGACCUUCAACCCAGAAGGCAUCUACGUCUGAUUUUGCACCUGGCAUCAACAUUUAAACACAGUCUGCACUUCCUACAUGACUCCAUAUCACUCUGAGACCAUCAAGAUUUCCUUUGGAGAGAUCAUACUCCCUGGAAUCAUAGCGGUAUCUUUUGUUCGCUACAGAUUCAUGAACAAGCAGUGAGUGUUUUUACAGUGAUAAUUGCUUUCUCUUGAUGGUCGUUUGACUAAUCCAACCCAAUCAGUGCUUUCUCCAAAUCCUACAAAGACAUCUCCAGCUGAAUGUAUGCUCACUUUCACUGGACCCAAAGCACGGUAAGGCUUUGAAUAUGUCUUGAACAUGGCAACUACUGAACUCGUACAGAAAAACAGACAGAAUACAUGCUGCCUCAGCCUACGUUCAAUCCAUCAACCUUUUGGUGCAAGUUUGAAAAUGCAGCAUCAUGAUGUCUUUCAUUUCUAGAAUGUUUCUGAAUCUCCAGGUAAACCUCAUACUCAAUGUGAUUAUGCAAGCAGCAGGAAUUUUAGGGAGAUGCAAAGAGAUCGAUGAGAUGAUAAAUUAUGCAGUUUAUAUUUUAUGGCUCAUAGUUGUGAUGAAAUCUCAUAGAAAAGUGGUGGGGGUUCACCUUAGUUUGCACUUUAUUGGCCAAAACAUCUGCUGUGGAAUUUUACUGAAAUCUUUUGAUCGCACUAAUCAGGAAAACAGGUGCAUGCAAUAUUUUAAAACCGUGUGAGAGUGAAUAAGAAAGGUGUUUUGCAUGAAAACAGCUUGUGGCAAGUGAAAUUUGCUACCUUUUAAAAUGAAGCAAAGGAACAUGGUUUUGUGCUGAACAGCUUAAUUUUAAAAAGAAGCCUUUGCUCCAAUUAUGCAAGUAAAUGUAGUUACGCACAAGUUGUAACGACUGGCCUAGAUCAACGUGUUCUCCUCAAGCUUUUUGGCCAAUAAAUGCAUUUAUUUCUAUUUUUUGAUUUAGCUGAUCUCACUAAAAUCCUUAUCUAGAAUUGUUUGUUUCCACAUACUAGCAAAAAUCACAUAAGUUGCAUCUAUUUUAAGCUAAUCUUUUGUGUUUUUACAAGUUUUUAGAACUUUAUUUCUUAUCAAACCAAAGUGUUCUGGAGGUCAUGAAUAUCUGCAUGAAUGUAAAGAUUUGUAAUUGUGUGUAUGUGCAAAGGGAAGCAGCGCUAAAAUAUGUUGAUGACAUUUUUAUUUGUUUUCCCCAAAUGUUUAACUGUAAUAGCACCUGCUUCCCUUAAAAGCUACAUUCACACAGCUGCAGAAUGACUCCAUUUAUUUUUACAUUUAAUAUGGACAUAAGCAAGGAGCUCUUGAAAGCGUGUGUAAGCAAGUACUCAUUUAUAUUUGCUGCUGUUUUUUUUGUGCUUCCUUUUUUUUUUUUUUAACAUUUUUCCAAAAACACUAUUUUGCCAAAAUGUGAUCUUCAUGAAUGACUGAAUCAUUUCACCUUUUAGUAAUACAAAAAACAGGUUUGUUAAAGCAUCUAUACAUUCAAAACAAAAAAACAUCUGCUUCUACAUUGAGUAUUUUAAUAGAGUAGCCAUGUUGAUUUCACACAGAACUGGUGCUCAGAUGAUCUGCAAAAGAGCAUUCGGCUGUCUGAAUAGCGCAUGACUUGAAGAACAAAGUCAUGUCUGUGUGACGAUGGCAGGGGAACGUUUGAGAAGCAUGCCUUACUAAAAAAAACAAACAAAAAAAAGAAUAGUGUAAAUAGCAUAUAGCAACAUAUCAAUACGUAGCAAAGAGGACUAUUUUUAACAUAGAUGAAAAAAUUGCACAGCGCUCUGUAAACAGUAAAUGUUUUUAUUUUUUAGCAUUGUUAGGCUGCAUGCACUGACGUUCAGUUUUAAGCUUGUGUGAGAGGCCUGAGGAUCCACCUAUAGCACCUAAUACAGGUGUAAUACUCAACUGGGCUGUAUUAAGGUGACUGCGCUAAAUGCCUGUAUAAAUAUCUGUGCACUUGUAACAGGCUUGAGGUUUGAGACUGAUGUGUGUGCAUUAGAAAUUAACAGUGUGUGUAUUCCAUCACCUGCUGCUAUGCACACAGGUGUGACUAAAACAUUAAGCUCAGCUGAAAGUCGUUCAGAUUAAAUGGCAUCAUGGUUUGGUAUCUCUGGAUCAGAAGUUUUAACCUUUAAUGCAGUACCAAAAUCCCUUUGGGCAUCAGCUCUAUUUUUAACAAAUUAUGUUAAUUAAACUACUUCCUUCUUGAGAAGUGUCA